GCAAUGCAAUGCUUGGCGUAACGUUUGCGCAAAUUCUUGUAAAUUCAGUUCUGAUGGAUGUGUUGGAUAUUUGUCUGGUUUCGUGAGUCGAAUGAUUUGUUGUGUGUUUGAUAUACCUGUGAAACUGUGUUAACUAAACAACGAAUUGUGGAAAGGGGUCUAAUUCUCCAUAGUCUGCCUUGUUAUUAGUUGUGAGUAGAGCUCAUCUCAAACAUAAUUCAUCAAAAGGGAAGCCAUCGGAUGGCGGAGAGUCAGGUGGCGCGGCCGGUGAUAAAGGACCGCAACCUAACCCUCAACUUCAGGCCUCAUCCAGACGUAUGCAACAAACACAGGCACAGGUGGACGAAGUGACCGAAAUUAUGAGAGUCAACGUGGAGAAGGUGUUGGAAAGGGAUGCCAUGAUCUCACAGCUCGACGAGAGAGCAGAUGCUUUGAAAGAAGGGGCCGAGAUGUUCGAGAAACAGGCCGGUGCUCUCAAGUCCAAGUUCUGGUGGAAGAACAUGAAGAUGAUUGCAGUGAUGGUAGGCAUUGGACUGGUCUUAGUGUUGGUUAUAUUCGCGUGGAUGUCAAGCAAAUAACCAUUCGAUGACUACUCGCUAGAAAUGGUGUUUGUCUUGAAGUUUUCACUCUAAACUCAACUAAUUAUCAAUAUUUCUAUGUAUACAAUCUAUACAUAUAAAAGGAGGUUAUGAUCGUCACUAGAGUGAAGUUUAAGUUAAUAUUUAAAAGUUUAGCACAAUAUAUGAGACUGUAAUCAGUUUUAAAGAGAAUGUUCGCUAGAAUUAUAUGAAUUAAUAUCAAAAUAUGAUUUCUAAUUGAUUGCAUUAUACAUAUAAUAUAUAAGAC